GCCUUGCAGAAAACCGAGGAGAAGGAGUUUCAGAUGGCGAAGGGGUUGGCAUCGGCCAGGCUCAGCGGAAAGGUGGCGGUGCGAGUUCUUACAGAGGCAGCAGGUGUGGCAGCUGACGGCAAGGCUGCGGAGACGGACAAGAGAUCAACCUCUCUGUGGACGUUGAGUCGGGACGAGGAGCUGUUUGCCAAUAUCGACGGUUACGGCUGCGAGCAGCACGAAAAGGAGGAGUUGCAGAAGUCGGGAACGGAAC